AUGGCACGAGUAUUAGCAACAAUUCAGCAUAAUACAGCAGGCAACGGUACAUCAAAAUAUACAGCACCUGAACUGCUCGAUGCUAACACUAAAUAUGGUGAAGAAGUUGACACAUAUAGUUCUUCAUUAAUCCUGUACGAAAUGUUUUCUGGUAAAAUAGCAUUUGAAAAUAUGAAUGCAAUUCAACUGAUGACAGCUAUUUAUCUUCAUAAAAAACGACCUGAUUUUGACUCAACAUUUUCCAAAAAGCUUCAAAAAAAAGUUGAACUUGGAUGGUCUCACGAUGCAAAAGAACGAUGUAAACCCGACGAUAUUCUACAAGUAUUACUAGAAAUGAAGAACUUAUUUAUGUUUUGA